UAUUUCUCUUUCCGCAAUCUCUUCUUUUCUCUCUCUUUAUUAUUAUCUUCUUCAUAAUGACUGAAGCGAUAGCUCAACAGGAUGAUGUACAUGAUUUAUCUCACAGGCUGAAAAGCGUCAACUUUGACACACCUCCCAAAGUUGUUCAGCUUCGAGUCAAUCAACAGUUUGAAACCAUUACUCCGGAUUAUAGUGUACCAGGAAGUCCCAACUUCAGUCCUCAGCGAGAUGACGAUGAGAGUACACCAUUUUCAUCUAGGCCACCGUCGCAUGAUGAGAGUUCGGGAGUCUCCACGCCUCAAAACGAGAUGCAAGAUCCUAUACAUGCUCCUUACACUCCUGCAUCCUUGUCGCCACGAACUAGUGGAGACGCUGCCACCAGUGUUUCACAAUCUGAAGCCCCUUCAGCGUCGACUGAUCCGUCAGUUUCGAUAUCUCGUGCAUCGUCUGGAUCCAGCAGUGAUCAGGCUGCCCGAUCUGAUGUUAGUAGAGGAAGUGGUAUCAUCCCACCUCAACGUCCUUCCACACCCUCACAAUUCAUCUUCAAGAAACCCGAAUAUAAUCAUCAUUAUCACCAUACCCAUUUCCAUCAUCUUGAAAAGAAGGAGACGGUGUUCCACGAGCUCAAGCGCUUUUUCAAAGGCGGUGAUAAGAAGGCGAAACAUCAAAAUAAGUCGUCGGACCAUAAAAAGAAGAAGCUUCGUAAGGAGAAUUCUGCAAGUGCUAUGUCAGUUACUUCACGGGCAAGUGACAUUAGCUUUGGCAAUACUUUCAAUCGAGACAUUGAAGGCCGGUAUGGCAAGUGGGGUCGCUUCAUCGGCAAGGGAGCUGGCGGUUCUGUCCGAUUGAUUCGACGAAGCGCUGACGCUAAAACAUUUGCCGUCAAGCAGUUCCGUAAACGCACACCCACCGAAAAUGAAAAGGAGUAUAUCAAGAAGGUUACAGCUGAAUUUUGCAUCGGUUCCACUCUGCAUCACACCAACGUCAUUGAAACCCUCGACCUUAUUCAAGAAGGUGCCAACUUCUUUGAAAUCAUGGAAUAUGCUCCCAACGAUCUCUUCAAUAUUGUCAUGAGUGGAAAAAUGACCAAGGAAGAGAUUGCCUGCUGCUGGCGCCAGUCUCUGGCCGGUGUCCAAUACUUGGUCUCCAUGGGUAUUGCUCACCGAGAUCUUAAGUUAGAUAACAUGGUUCUCGAUGAACGUGGAAUCGUCAAGCUGAUUGACUUUGGUUGUGCUGUUGUCGUCAAGUAUCCAUUCGAAGACAAAGUCACCCUCAGCAAAGGUAUUUGUGGCUCAGACCCCUAUAUUGCACCGGAACAGUAUACCCAAGACACAUACGAUGCCAUCCAAAGUGAUAUCUGGUCGUGUGGUAUUAUAUUUAUCUGCAUGAUGAUUCGACGCUUUCCAUGGCGCAUACCUCGCCCGUCUCAUGAUCAAUCUUACAAGUCAUUCGUGUCUGGUCAAGGAUCACAAAGACUGUUCAAGUUGCUGCCUAAGGAAUCUCGGCCCAUUAUUGAGCGCAUUUUGACCGUCGAUCCCGCUAACCGAUGCACUCUCGACGAUAUUCUCAAUGACGACUGGGUGAAGUCCAUCGACGUAUGCGACAAUGAUCAUGUAGGCGAAGGUCAUGUUCAUCAUUUGCUGUUUCAACCCGGCGCAGAUGGUAUGAGCCGGGGUAACAUUGAGGUCAUUGAAUCAGAAAACAAGGAGAACGAACCUCCAAAAUAAGCUGACUGGCACUGCAUUUGACCUAUCCUUCCCUUUUACGAAUGGGGUAAAGAAACCCAUUCUAUUGUAACAUAUUAGAGUCAUGAAGCAAUGACUUUUUGUACAUUUUUUUUUCUCCCUCUCCCAUCAACUCUCUCCUUUACAUCCCUCAUCUCAUCCAACAUAUUACACAUAAAGAAACAUUUCAAUAAUGACCAAAUGAUAAAUGUUUGUUAUCCUA